AUGACUCUCAAUUGCUUGACAUGCAAAGUUCUAAAAAGAACAGAUUCACAUGAAGAACUGCAAAAAAGAAUCAAUCAUGUUGAAGAAAAGUCGAAUUUUCGCCUUUUUCCGGGAGGAAUCGAGAGAAACUGGUCGGGAAACUUGGUAUCAAAGCCCAGAGUUGAGAAAAGAAGGGUGCGGUCGCUUCUAGGGCAAGAAACUACGACAAGAAAAGAUGCGCGUAGGAUUCAUAACAGUGGUCCGAUGGAGUACUUGCCUGAUACGCCAAAGCUCUCGAGGAGCCCUGGGAUGAGAAGGGAUUGGAGUUUCGAGGAUCUAAGGCAGGUGAUUAAGCGUUGA